AUGGGUGUUCGUCUGUUGAUCCGCAGAGCCCGAACCGUCCUCAACCGCUUUGCGGCGGAUGAUGCUGCGAGUGCGUCGUCCACUCCUCCAGCAGAGGGCACGACCGUUGGAGAAAGCAAGGGAGUACCUGCAACCGACGCUGAAGUCCAACCGGAAUUGCCCUCGGAAGAUCUACAGCAUGGUGUGAGAGAUGUGGAGGCCAUUACCCUGACCUGGUCUAAGAAGACCCUGGCCUUUGUCUUCAUCAACAUUUGGUUCUUGUACUUCGUCAAUGCCUUCCAAUCUUCUGUCUUCAACAGUUUGAGCCCCUACAUCUCCAGUUCUUUCACAGCCCAUUCCCUGUCCGGUGUUCCGACAGCUAUGGCCGAUGCUUUCUCCGCAGCAGUUUACAUCCCCGUCGGAAAGAUCAUGGAUACCUGGGGUCGUGCUGAGGGUUUCCUGGUGAUGACUUGUUUCGCAACCCUGGGAUUGAUUCUUUUGGCUGCGUGUGAUAGCUUCGCUAUUUACUGUACCGCAUAUGUGUUUUACUAUAUCGGCUUCAGUGGUAUGGAGUACUCCAUUGAUGUCAUCACUGCCGAUGCGUCCAAGCUGAAGAACCGAGGCCUGGCGUUUGCUUUCACUUCCUCGCCUUAUAUCAUUACCGCAUUCGCCGGUCCCAAGGUCGCCGACGAGUUCUACUACCAAGUCAGCUGGAGAUGGGGUCUUGGAUGCUGGGCUAUCAUCUUCCCCAUCGUCGCGGCACCUCUAUACUUCAUUUUGAAAUCUACCCUCCGCAAGGCCGAGAGAGAAGGUCACCGUGUCAAGGAGCCUAGUGGGCGCACUUUCUUGCAAGGCGUCUGGUACUGGAUCUUGCAAUUUGACUUGUUUGGAGUUUUCUUGUUCACAGCAGGACUGGUUCUCUUUGAACUUCCCUUCGAUAUCGCCACCGAGGCUCCUAACGGUUGGGGUACCGGCUACAUCAUUGCCAUGCUCGUUGUUGGCUUCUGUAUGCUUUUCAUCUUCGCUAUCUACGAGAAGUGGGUGGCACCUGUGCCUAUGCUCAACUUCCCUAUUCUCACCGACCGAACGGUUAUUGGCGCCUGUCUUUUGGAUGCAACCUACCAGUUGUCUUACUACUGCUGGAACAACUACUUCACCUCUUUCCUCCAGGUUGUCAACAACUUGACAAUCGCCGAGGCUGGAUAUGUAAGCAACACAUUUGAUGUUGUUUCGGGUGUUCUCCUUCUCCUCGUCGGAUGGAUCAUCAGUCGCACCGGUCGCUUCAAGUGGCUGUUGUACAUUUCCGUCCCUCUGUACAUCUUCGCCCAGGGUUUGAUGAUCUACUUCCGCAAGCCCGAUAUGACUGUUGGAUACCAGGUUAUGUGUCAGAUCUUUAUUUCGAUUGGAGGAUCCAUCUUCAUUCUGGUUGAACAGAUUGCUAUUCUCGCUGCUGUUGAUCACCAACACAUUGCGGCCGCGCUGGGCCUACUGAAUGUUGUCGGCACUAUCGGUGGGUCCGCUGGCUACACCAUUUGCACCGCCAUUUGGACAAACACCUUCCCCAAGGCUUUGCAGAUGUAUCUCCCCGAGUCCGUGAUGGAUAACUUCGAGAACAUCUACGAAGAUCUUGCUACCCAGACUAGCUACCCCAUGGGCAGUGAAGUGCGACUGGCUAUCCAGAAGGCCUAUGGCUAUGCUGAGGUGCGCAUGCUCUCUGCUGGUCUUGGUAUCAUGGCCUUGGCUAUUGCCUGGACCAUCAUGAUCCGAGACAUUGAUCUCAAGAAGACCGCCCAGGUCAAGGGUACUGUCUUCUAA